AUGUGGCCAGACCACCCACUGCCCGUAGUGGAAGGGAGGAAGGAAACCAUAGGAGUUGCUAAAAUGCAAGGGGAGCCAAACCCAAGUGCUUCCCUUAUUGACAGAACCAUCAAGAUGAGAAGAGAAACAGAAGCUAGGAAAGUGGUUUUAGCCUGGGGACUCCUAAAUGUGUCUAUGGCUGGAAUGAUAUAUACUGAAAUGACUGGAAAAUUGAUUAGUUCUUAUUAUAAUGUGACAUAUUGGCCCCUCUGGUAUAUAGAGCUUGCUCUUGCAUCUCUCUUCAGUCUAAAUGCCUUAUUUGAUUUUUGGAGGUAUUUCAAAUACACUGUGGCACCAACAAGUCUGGUUGUUAGCCCUGGACAGCAAACACUUUUAGGGUUGAAAACAGCUGUUGUACAGACUACUCCUCCACGUGAUCUGGCAGCAGCCCAAAUCCCCCCCUCUCCACCUUCUCCUUCAAUUCAGGGUCAGAGUGUGUUAAGUUAUAGCCCAUCUCGCUCACCGAGUACCAGCCCCAAGUUCACCACCAGCUGUAUAACUGGAUACAGCCCUCAGCUGCAAGGUCUGUCAUCAGGUGGCAGUGGAUCUUACAGCCCUGGAGUGACCUACUCCCCCAUCAGUGGUUAUAACAAGCUGGCAAGCUAUAGUCCCUCUCCUCCUUCUCCGUAUCCUACCACUGUUGGUCCAGUGGAGAGCAGUGGAUUGAGAUCUCGCUACCGUUCCUCACCCACCGUCUACAACUCCCCUACUGACAAAGAAGAUUACAUGACGGACCUGCGAACCUUGGAUACUUUUCUUAGAAGUGAAGAAGAAAAACAGCAUAGAGUUAAGCUGGGAAGCCCAGAUUCUACUUCGCCUUCCACCAGUCCUACUUUCUGGAACUACAAUCGUUCUAUGGGGGAUUAUGCACAAACUUUGAAGAAGUUUCAAUAUCAGCUUGCCUGCAGGAGUCAGGCGCCAUGCGCUAACAAAGAUGAAGCUGAUCUCAGCUCUAAACAAGCUGCCGAGGAGGUUUGGGCAAGAGUAACUAUGAAUAGACAACUUCUUGAUCAUAUGGAUUCAUGGACAGCUAAGUUCAGAAAUUGGAUCAACGAGACAAUAUUAGUGCCACUUGUACAAGAGAUUGAGUCUGUCAGCACACAGAUGAGGCGAAUGGGUUGUCCAGAGCUGCAGAUAGGAGAGGCUAGUAUUACUAGCUUGAAACAGGCUGCUUUAGUCAAAGCUCCACUCAUUCCAACUCUGAAUACAAUCGUGCAAUAUCUAGACCUCACUCCAAAUCAGGAAUACUUGUUUGAAAGGAUCAAAGAACUUUCUCAGGGAGGCUGUAUGAGCUCAUUUCGAUGGAAUAGAGGUGGAGACUUUAAAGGUCGCAAGUGGGAUACAGACCUGCCCACUGAUUCUGCUAUCAUCAUGCAUGUAUUUUGCACCUACCUUGAUUCCAGAUUACCUCCACAUCCUAAAUAUCCUGAUGGAAAAACAUUUACUUCUCAACACUUCGUUCAGACACCAAAUAAACCAGAUGUGACAAAUGAGAAUGUUUUCUGCAUUUAUCAGAGUGCUAUCAACCCUCCCCAUUAUGAGCUAAUCUACCAGCGUCAUGUCUACAAUCUUCCAAAGGGCCGAAAUAAUAUGUUUCAUACGUUGUUGAUGUUUCUCUACAUUAUAAAAACCAAAGAGUCAGGAAUGCUUGGGAGAGUUAAUCUUGGCCUAUCUGGUGUGAAUAUUUUGUGGAUUUUUGGAGAGUAG